AUGAACAUCCUGAAGCCACUGUUGCCGACCGAUCGGCAGCUGCUUUGUGUGGUGUUUGCCAUUUUCAAGCUGUUUGGAUUUUUUCCUUUCCCAUUCGACUGUUACGCGAUCAAAUUGGUUCCCUCCGGAUGGGUUAGGGCAUUGCUGCAUCUUCCCGUGCUACAAAUUCUAAGCUACAUCGGCCUGACCUGCAUUGCGAUCGAAUAUCGAUCGUAUAUCUUCUAUAGCCAUUUGCAGAUCAUCAGCAUGAACGAUUUACUGAAGUUCGGGUCCCAAAUCAUGGCCAUCUAUGUCAUAUUCAUCAACACCAUCCUGGAGCGAGGUGUUCAUCGGGAUGUUUGGCGAAAGCUUGACACCGCCUCUAACUACAUCCAAAGAAGGCGCAUCCAUCGGUUCUUCCGAAGGUACCUGUGGAAAUUCUACGGCUACGUCGCAUUCAGUGCGUUGAUCGAGGCGCGCGUAGCGUACAACUCCUUCGACACGCCAGAGUUUUUUUUGUACUGGAAAGUGAUUGUUUGUAUUAACGUCUUCAUUCGACUGCGCCAUCUCUAUCACUUGUUCUUCAUUGACGCCCUGAAAGUGUGCCAGCAGCAGCUACACGUUGACUUGCAGGAAGUCUGCGAGUACAUACGCAAUCUGCAGUUGAAUCCACCAACUGAACCAUCUGAGUACCGCGAGGUUUACGAUCGUGCUGUCUCCCGAUUGCUAAAGCUGAAGACAGCCUACGGCGACCUGUGGGAGCUGUGCGAUUGCAUAAAUCGCAACUUCGGAUGGUCACAGAUCUGUAACUUUUGCACCAACUUCGUACAGCUGUCCUGCGAUAUGUACUGGUUAUAUUUGUCCAUCAAUGGUUUAUUUAACGGCUUCAAAGACAUCUUCAUAACGCUGCUCCCGACCGCGUGUUUAAUUUGGAUUCUCCUCUACUCUGCCGAGUCGUGCCUUCGAGUGGCAUCCUUGCUGAAGAUGGAUCUCUUGGAAAUUCCACUGGGAAACGAUUCAACGCUUCGCAAGAUCACGUAUCGCUUUGGACUGCAGAUCGAUCAGCAAAAGAUUCGUCUAACCGCUCACGAGUUGUUUGAAAUUAACUACUCUCUUCUAAAAAUGUUCGGGACAGGAAUCACGACAUACAUGAUCAUAUUCAUCACCUUCUCGAAGGAAAUACCGUUCAAGGAGUUGGAGGAAGAAUUGAGCUAUGAAUAG